AUGUAUUUUUUUCUGUUUUUACUGCUUCUGAUAGUCACUUGUACUACCUCCAUUGAAGGGCAGAAAAAGAAGUGCAAUGUUUCUCCAAAAGAUUUAUACAUCCUGGAGGGAUCGGAUACUCAGAUAUUGUGUGAAAGCUUUUGUGUCGACGGGAGAGUGUACUGGAUGCUGAACAACAAAACUGUGAAUGAAAGCUGGUCGAGCUCUGUAAAUUCCACACAUCACAUUCUGUCGCUAAAGAACUUCACCCUGAGCAAUGCAACAGUGGUAUGCCACCACGCCGAUACCAAGGGCGUACUUGGAGGCACCAUUGUCAGGACAUAUGCAAAACCCACCGUUGUUGAUUGCAUCUGGCACUACAAAAAUGGAUCCUUUUCAGGUGUACCUCAGCUUUUCACAUGCACUUGGGAACAUGAAGUCUCACAGAAAAUCAACUACACUUUAUUUGUUAUCUCUUGGUAUAACACUUCCCUGCAAGAAAUGUGUAGCUCAGAAAUUGCAAAAACAUGCACAGCUGUCGGGUCGAAACAUGUAACACUGGCGGGCAACUACAGUGUUACCGUGAGAGCAAAGGCCAAACACUGGGAGAUUGAUUCCGACCCUUAUAAAUUUUACCCUCGUGACAUAUUACAAAUAUCACCUCCAAAAUUAAAGCUACAUUCCUUCACUACUCAUCUGUUGGCUGAGUGUACCGUGUCCAUUCCCUCAAAGAAAUACUAUUGUCAAGUCAAAUACAGCAAGGUUGGAGAUGAAAGACAAUCUGAGGUUCUCAAUAAGACUUUAGAAGCUAGUGGGAAAGGAAACAUUUCCAUUGAAAACAUAGAGUCUUGCAUUUAUUACAAAGUUUCAGCCCGCUGCGCUUGGGACAAAGCUCCUUGGAGUAAAUGGAGCCGAGAGCAAACCAUUAUGAGUCAACUAAACAAGAGUAAUGUGAAGACACAUCUGUGGAGAAAGGUAACAGAACCAGAAAAAAACGGCACAAGAAAAGUUUACGCCAUGUGGACGGAGAUUCCAUCAGCGUGCCAUGGCACAUUUACAUAUUUUAUCCGAGACACUGUCUCACAGGACAAUGGGAUUCAAGUAGAUUAUAAUCAUCAUUCAUGUGGGAAUUCAAUUUGUACAUUUAAUGUGAAUGAAGAGGCACACAGAUUAAAGCUCAUCGUCUUCCAUAAUGAAGAGAUGCUGUCAGAGGACUCUGUUUAUGUUCCGGCUGUUGAAGAAACCGGCCUCCCUCAAGUUUCAAACAUGCAAACUUCAACCAUACAAGGUGUUAUAUCACUGUGCUGGGAUGCUCCUUCUCCGCUUGUCAGGGGUUACAUGAUUGACUGGACCCAUGAUGGCUAUGAGUACUACUGGAAGGAAAGUAAUUGCACCAGCACAACACUUGAGGGUCUUCUGGAUAAAGUGGCCUACAAUAUAACAGUCACGCCGCUGUUUGAGGACAAGACAGGCCUUGGCACACAGGUUGUGCAGAUCUGCACUGCAAUAGCAGCUCCAGCAAAUUUUUCCACAAUCACGGUUGAGGUGACUGACAAAACAGCUUCUGUGAGGUGGACGAUGCAGCACCAGGAUUUAUGCAGCGGGAUUAUUGUCCGCUACAUAGUUUUCUAUGGAACAGGGCAGGGACCACAGCUCAAUAUCACAGUUAAUAGUACAAAUAAAGAAGUUCUUCUGAAGAACCUGAUUCCUUACACCCAUUACAACAUGUAUAUCAAGGCUGUAGCGCAAACUGGAGCGAGUGAAAGCGACGUGAGGUACUUUAGCACAAAAAGCCUUGAUCCGAAGCUGGUCAUAAAACUUUUGAUCAUUGGAAGCAUCACUAUAUUCCUUGUGUUAUCUACAGUAAUAUGCUGUGCUGUGCAGUAUAGGAAAUUCCUAGAGAACCCUCUUCCGGAUCCUGGCCUCAGUUCUGUUGCCCUGUGGCCAUCAGGAACCCACCAAAAGGGGAUGUUUCCCUUCCGUCUAUUCAACUAUCCAUCAGAAAGCCUCUGCGCACGCGUGUACUUAGAAGAUUCCCGGACAACUUCCUCUCCUGAUGUCUGCCAGGAGGAAUACAGUGGCCUUGGUUUUGCUUCAAAGUCUAAUAUACCUAAAGAGAGACCAGAUGACCCCGAAGAAGCAUUCACUCAGUCUUCUUCCAGAGAAUGCACAGAGCUGCUCGCUAAUGGUAGCGGUCAAUUAAGCCCCUACCGAAGCCAGGGUUCUGUGGAAAGCCCCACCCAAAGUUAUGGGAAAGAAUCUAAGUGUCUGCUUCCAGUGAACCAUCAGCAAUUGACAGCAUCACUAGCUAUGUACGUUACUGUUGACAUAUUUGAGCAAGACCAGUGUAGGUGA